AUGAGUCUGUCAGGCAAGAUAGCUAUCGUGACCGGUGCCUCUCGCGGCAUUGGUGCGAGUAUUGCACUGGAGCUUGCAAAACAGGGAGCCAAGGUUAUGCUCACCUACGUAUCAACCAGCAGUGACAAUGCCGUCGAAGAAGUCAUACAACAAAUACGCAGUCUAAACAACGGCUCCGAAGCCACCAAAGUACAAAUCGACCUACACCAGCCCUCAGCCCCCGAAACAAUCCUCUCAGCUACCUUCCGCGCCUUUCCCUCAAGCGACAACAAAGUGGACAUACUUGUCAACAACGCAGGACAAACACAGUACAAGCUUCUCGCGGGCACAGAAAUAGAGGACUACACCUCCAUGUUCGAUGUGAACGUCCGCAGCACCAUUUUCAUGGCCAAGGCUGUGUUGCUGUAUCUCCGUGCCCCGGGGCGUAUUAUCAACAUUACGUCUGUUGCGGCUCGUCGGGGAUCGGUGGGAUUUUCUAUUUACUCAGCUACGAAGGCUGCUGUGGAGGGGUUUACUAGGGCUUUGGCGUGCGAGGUGGGAUCGUAUGGCCAUACUGUUAAUGCUGUUGCCCCUGGGGCUGUGGAGUCGGAUAUGCUUCGGGGAUCGGUGCCUGAUGAAUUUGUGAAGUAUAUGUUGGAUAACACGCCGCUUGGGAAUAGAAUAGGGACUCCGGAGGAGAUUGCUGCUGUUGUGGCCUUCUUGGCUGAUCCGAAGGCGGGUUGGUUGACGGGUCAGACUAUAUGUCCAAGUGGGGGACUGAACAUGAUUUGA